UAGGGGGUGGGGUUCAAAGCUAGACCAACCUCAGAGGACAUCAGAGGCAGCCUUGCCACCUUUCCCCUUUGCACACGUUUGGCGCUGGGCUCCUGAGGGUUGGGGGGUCUUCCAGUGCUGUGGGAGCAGCAAACCCCGAAGGGUGACUAGCCGGGGUGGAUCAGGAGGUGCGCGCUCCGUGAUCCCUGCCCGCUGGUUUCCUCCGGGGUCAGCAUUGCUUCUUAUCAGCCGCGGCCAGGCAGCCAGACCCUUAUCUGCACAGGCCCAGCAUCCUCUGGCCUCUGCGCCAGCGGGUACCCACCACGACGCCUCCGAAGCUACUCAGGCCCUCCGGAGCCCGGGAGGUGGCGCAGCCCAGCUCUGAGGCCCAACGGGAGGGAUUACCUGGAGCACACCGGCCGAACUGGACAGUGGAAACUGUCUCCUGACCUGGACUGACAAACCUGACCACACAGCCGGGUUCUCCAAGCUGUGGAAACUGCUACAGGGUUAGCAUUCUAUCCGUGGGGUCCAUGUGCCCGCCCCAGGCCAGAGCAGAGGUGGGUUCCGCCAUGACUGAGAAAACUGAGAUGGUAUGUGCCUCCAGCCCAGCACCUGCCCCUCCCUCUAAGCCGGCCUCACCUGGGCCCCUUUCUACAGAGGAGGUGGACCACCGAAACACGUGCACUCCCUGGUUGCCUCCCGGCGUGCCAGUGAUAAACCUGGGACACACCAGGCCCAUAGGGGCAGCCAUGCCCACCACAGAGCUCAGUGCCUUUCGGCCCUCCUUGCUGCAGCUAACUGCCUUGGGAAGAGCUCCACCUACCCUGGCUGUACAUUACCACCCUCACCCCUUCCUCAACAGUGUCUACAUUGGGCCAGCAGGACCCUUCAGCAUCUUCCCUAACAGCCGGCUGAAGCGCAGACCAAGCCAUAGUGAGCUGGACUUGGCUGACGGGCACCAACCCCAGAAGGUGGCUCGGCGAGUGUUCACCAACAGCCGUGAGCGCUGGCGGCAGCAGCACGUUAACGGCGCCUUCGCAGAGCUCAGGAAGCUGCUGCCCACCCACCCGCCCGACCGGAAGCUGAGCAAGAACGAGGUGCUGCGCCUGGCCAUGAAGUAUAUAGGCUUCCUGGUGCGGCUGCUGCGAGACCAAACGGCUGUGCUGACCUCCGGCCCCAGCGCUCCCGGGUCCCGCAAGCCACCUGCGCGCAGGGGCGUGGAGGGCAGCGCACGCUUCGGGGCCGGGCACAGAGUAGAGGCUGCACGCUCACAGCCCGUGCUUCCUGGGGACUGUGAUGGCGACCCCAAUGGGUCAGUGAGACCCAUCAAGUUGGAGCAGACGUCCCUGAGUCCUGAGGUGCGGUGACCCAAGGCAGAGGCGCCUCACCUGCUGUUCAGUGAACUCCCUGUAAAAGGAUCUCAGGUCGCCCAGAUGAGGAAACGCCCUGUAGCUCUGGAAGGGUGACCGGCGACGCCAGGGAUCCCCAGACUUUUAAGAAAAAUCUCCCACAGGCUACUUGCAGUGGCUUUGCCAGUGUCCUCUUGCCAGGGCCGAGGCCAGAGAAUCGACAAGGCCAAGUAGCCAUGGGAUCCCAGAGGUCCUGAGGGAGGUAGGGAAGGGUCUGGAAGCCUCCGCGCUUCUCAUCGGCGCCCCCUGCUGGAGGCGGGAAGACCCUAGACAAGUGUGUGGGAGGACCUACCCCAUGAAGCCCAACUGGUUGCGCUUGAUCCAUGAUCCUGUUAACCGCGACAACGAAGACUCAGGCACUCUUGCAUUUGUUUUUCUUUAUUUCUUUAUUUCACAUACACAUUAGCCAUUCAAUGGAGAAGCCGAAGAGAGUCAGGCAAAGAUGGUAUAACAGAAGCGCAGUGACUGGGGUGGGGCGGGGCGGGGCGGGCGGAGAGGGGACAGACGGGCUGGCUGCCUACUUGCAUUCCGCUAGGACACUGAAAACCCAGAAAACAAAACAGACAGUAAACUACCCUUGUUUCUUAUGUAUCUCAGUGCAGAGACGGGGGAGGGGAAUUGGAGGGCAGAGAAGGGAGACCAGGCUGAAAGAGGAGCAGAGGGAAGGGACGCUAAGGGGGAAGCACACCAAAUCCAUUAGUACUAUAUAUAUAUAGAGAUACUCGUAUAUACUGCGUUUCUUAGCCUAAGAAGAAACUUGUUUGACGGGACGGGCGGCCUUUGCGGUCCGCGAUGCUGGUGCUGAUGGGGCGCACGGAUCUCCCAAGAGGGGCCAAAGCAGGGGUUGGCCCCAGCUGGCUUGCGCAGAGUGGGACGCCCCGAGGGUGGAUGGGGUGGGAGGGAGCAGAGGUGGGGCUGGGGUGCCCCUAGGGCUCUCGAUUGGGGGACAAAGUUCUCAUAACUUUAUUGCUCCUUUUUUUUUUCUCUCGUGGGGGGUCCGUUCAGUACGGUCGGGUUGGGGGAAACGGUGGGUCGUCUGAGCCACCCGGCCCCUCUGGGACCCAGAGCGCGGCGUCCGCUCCGCCAGCACGGGGGUGAGAACAAGGCACUAGGUCGGCCGGCCAGCGCGGGGGCGGGUGUGUAAGGCAGUCGACAGGGCUGGUUGCGGGGUAGGGUGGGGGUGUGUGCCGGGCUAUGUGCGUGCGUGCGUGCGGGCGCGGGCCUGGGCAAAUCGACCUGUCAGCGUGGCUGGACCUGUCCUGGAGCAUCGAACCUCCCGGAGGGAGGGGGAAUAGUGGUGUUACGUGGGAAGGGGUCGGGGAGGAAACUACCAACUUGCUGAGCGCGCUCCUGAUUAAUGCUGGUGAGGGUCAAGUUGGCGUCUGGCUCAAAGAAGGGCGCUCGGAGUGGGGAGGGAGGGAAAAGGGACGUUUGUUCGUUGGCAUUGACCUCUGCGGGGGAGGGGGCCGGGGACCCCCGCCGCGCCCCAGUGCCCGGAGGGGGAGGGGGCGAGGAAGGGGGGAGCGCCUGGGGAGACCCGCGGCCAGAGCAGCCCAGCCGCGGGGCGCACGCCGCUGUCCCGUUCCGUUAAACUCAACAAAGAAGGGAUAUGCGUGUUCCUAACAAGUGCAGAGUAUUUAAUUGAUUCAUAAACGUAUGUAUAAUAGUUUGUGGGUUUUUAAAAACGUACUUUAUAAUGUAAUAAGCACCAGGGUUUUUAUGUUUAAUUAUCUUAAAAAUAAUUUUCUCUCGUCCUUUUCCUUUUGAUCUUGUGUUGGUUUUUUUUUUUUAAUGUCGAGGUGUUUUUAAACGUUUUCUUCAGCCCUCCCACCGAAACCGAACGACGAAACAAAUUUAAACCCCAGAUUAUCCUCGUCAACGCAGGAAAAAAGGCAAAA